UCGUCGACGCGGAACGCACUCGUCACCAUGUCCACCGAAACCGAACGCAGUUCGUUCGCCGUCAAGGCUGGCUUAGCGCAGAUGCUCAAGGGCGGCGUGAUCAUGGACGUCGUGAACGUCGAGCAGGCGCGCAUCGCGGAGGAGGCGGGCGCCGUCGCCGUCAUGGCGCUCGAGCGCGUGCCGGCGGACAUUCGCAAGGAUGGCGGCGUGGCGCGCAUGUCUGAUCCGACGAUGAUCAAGGCUAUUAAGGAAGCGGUGACGAUUCCGGUCAUGGCGAAGGCUCGCAUUGGGCACUUUGUCGAGGCGCAAGUGCUCGAGGCGGUGGGGAUCGACUACAUUGAUGAGUCUGAAGUUUUGACGCCGGCGGAUGAAAUUAACCACUUGAACAAGCACAAGUUCAAGGUGCCGGUGCUUUGCGGAUGCCGCGAUCUCGGUGAAGCGCUUCGACGCAUCGCCGAGGGUUCUUCCAUGAUCCGCACCAAGGGUGAAGCUGGUACGGGUAACGUCGUCGAGGCUGUUCGCCACUGCCGCGCCGUCAUGGGCGACAUUCGUCGCUUGUGCGCCAUGGACGAGGACGAAGUCUUCGUGUACGCCAAGGAGAUUCGCGCCCCGCUCGAACUCGUGCAGCAAACCAGAAAGCUCGGUCGUUUGCCCGUGGUGAACUUCGCCGCCGGUGGUGUCGCCACCCCGGCUGACGCCGCUUUGAUGAUGCAGCUCGGUAUGGAUGGUGUUUUUGUCGGUUCUGGGAUUUUCAAGUCUGGCGAUCCCGCCAAGCGCGCGCGCGCUAUCGUGCAAGCCGUCACCCACUACAACGACCCGAAGAUCAUUGCCGAAGUUUCGCAAGGAUUGGGCGAAGCUAUGGUCGGCAUUGACUGCAAGGAGCAAAAUUUCGUCUCCUACGCGGGCCGAUCCGAAUAGGAUACCAGGCGCGGCGACUCUGAUUAUUUUACGCGACGAUAAGGAUUUUAGCACUUUAAAAUUUCGAAAUAAGACAAUCUGUACGAC